AGGUGCUGUUCCCGGACCAGAUAAUGCGAGUGAGACUUCAAUGAGUGAGUGGUGAUGUUCUUAAUUGACCGAGUUAAAGGGUGCAGUUCUUCAAAGACAGCUUUCAUUGAACUUUAAUACGUGCAACUCGCAGCUAUUUAGAACGAAGAUGCAACGAUGACCCAGCUUCGGACCAACGAGUUCAUUGCUCCACCAGAGUGUCCUGUUUUUGAGCCCAGUUGGGAGGAAUUUGCCGACCCAUUUGCGUAUAUCAACAAAAUACGGCCUAUUGCAGAGAAAACGGGCAUCUGCAAGAUCCGACCGCCAAAGGGAUGGCAGCCACCGUUUGCAUGCGACGUGGACAGUCUGCACUUCACUCCCCGUAUCCAGAGACUUAAUGAGUUGGAGGCUCAAACCAGAGUCAAGCUCAACUUCCUGGAUCAAAUCGCAAAGUUCUGGGAGCUACAAGGGUGCACACUGAAAAUCCCUCAUGUGGAAAGAAAGAUUCUGGACCUAUACCAACUCAACAAGUUGGUGAAAGAUGAGGGGGGUUUUGAUGCGGUUUGCAGAGAGAGACGCUGGUCUAAGAUAGCCCUGAAGAUGGGCUUUGCUCCAGGAAAGGCUAUAGGCUCUCAUCUGCGCUCCCACUAUGAGAGGAUCCUUUACCCCUACAACCUGUUCCAGACUGGAGCCAACCUUCUGAAGCCCACCCUGACCAACGACACGAAGGACACUGACUACAUCCCCCAUGACCUUCCCCAGCGGCAGUCUGUUCAACCCCUGGAGACCUGCAGCAUCGCCCGCAGAGCCAAGCGCAUGAGAGCUGAGGAAGGCUGUAUGAAGACGGUGACCGAGGAGGACUGUGAGAACCGGCCCAACCUGAGGAGGAGGAUGGGCUCCUACGUAGCCAAGCCAGAGCCACAGGCGGUGAAAGUGUUACCUGUUCAGGUGAAACAGGAAGCCACCGAGCAUGAGGAGCCAAUAACAAGUGACAAAGAAAACAUGCUGACUAAGAAAAACGACCCCACAGUGGACCAGUACAUGUGUCUGGUGUGUGGCAGCGGGAGCGAAGAGGACCGCCUGCUGCUGUGUGACGGCUGUGACGACAGCUACCACACCUUCUGUCUGAUCCCGCCCCUCCACGAUGUCCCCAAAGGAGACUGGAGGUGUCCCAAGUGCCUUGCUCAGGAGUGUUGCAAACCUCAGGUAGCCUUUGGUUUCGAGCAGGCUGGCAGGGACUACUCUCUACGCACUUUUGGGGACAUGGCAGACUCCUUCAAGUCAGACUACUUCAACAUGCCGGUUCAUAUGGUUCCAACAGAGCUAGUGGAGAAGGAGUUCUGGCGCUUGGUCAGCACAAUCGAAGAGGACGUUACUGUGGAGUAUGGGGCAGACAUCGCCUCCAAGGAGUUUGGGAGUGGCUUCCCCAUCAGAGGCGGACGAUUCCAAGUCUCCCCUGAGGAUGAGAAUUACCUGAGCAGUGGCUGGAACCUGAACAACAUGCCCGUGAUGGACUCCUCGGUGCUGACUCACAUUACGGCCGACAUCUGUGGGAUGAAGUUACCCUGGCUCUACGUGGGCAUGUGCUUCUCCUCCUUCUGCUGGCACAUUGAGGACCACUGGAGCUACUCCAUCAACUACUUGCACUGGGGAGAGCCCAAGACGUGGUACGGGGUUCCGGGAUACGCUGCAGAGAAGCUGGAGUGGGUGAUGAGGAAACUGGCCCCCGAGCUGUUUGAGUCCCAGCCUGACCUCCUGCACCAGCUGGUCACCAUCAUGAACCCCAACACACUCAUGAACCACGGCGUCCCCAUUUAUCGCACCAAUCAGUGCUCUGGCGAGUUUGUCAUCACCUUCCCCAGAGCCUACCAUAGUGGAUUUAACCAGGGCUUCAACUUCGCUGAGGCUGUCAACUUUUGCACCAUGGACUGGAUGCCCAUGGGCCGCAUGUGUGUGGACCACUAUCGGCAGCUGAAUAGGUACUGUGUCUUCUCCCAUGACGAGAUGGUCUGCAAGAUGGCGUCCAAGGCGGACACCACCAUGGAUGUGGCCCUUGCCUCGGCUGUGCAGAGGGACAUGACCGUCAUGCUCCAGGAGGAAGACAAGCUGAGGGACAAAGUCAGCAAGAUGGGCGUGCAGCGUUCCCAGCAGGCGGAGUACGACCUGCUGCCAGAUGAGGAGCGCCAGUGUUCCAAAUGCAGGACCACCUGCUACCUGUCUGCCCUCACCUGUCCCUGCAGCCCUGGCCAGCUGGUGUGUCUGCACCAUGCCCACGACCUCUGCUCCUGUACCUCCAGUGAACUCACACUCAACUACAGGUUUACCAUGGCUGAGCUCUACCCCAUGAUGGAAGCAGUCACUCUGCGUGCUGAGUCCUACACAUACUGGGUCUCCCAUGUCAGUGACAUCCUGGAGGCCAAACAAGACAAGAAAAGUGGGUUGGAAGAGCUGCGCUCCCUGGUGGUGGAGGCAGAGGUGAAGCGGUUCCCUCAGAGUGACCUCCUGCGGCAGCUCCGCACAGUCACCCUGGAUGCUGAGAAGUGUGCUGUGGUGGCCCAGCAGCUACUCAUUGGGAAGAGACAGACCAGGUAUCGUUCAGGUGGAAGGAAGUCCCAGAGCCAGAACCUGCUGACAGUGGAGGAGCUCAGGUCAUUUGUCAGGCAGCUGCACAACCUGCCCUGCAGCAUCCGCCAGGCCCCCUUACUUAAGGACCUGCUGACCCGUGUGGAUGACUUCCAGCAGAGCAGUGAGCAGCUCCUCUCUGACGAGGCCCCCAGCCCAGUGGCGCUGCAGGGCCUGCUGGACCUGAGCUUGGGCCUGGAUGUGGAUCUUCCCCAGCUGGCCCUGCUCAGGGAGAGGCUGGAGCAGGCCCGCUGGCUAGACGGGGUUAAGGGAGCCAGUGUCCGGCCACACAGCCUAUGUCUGGACACCAUGCGGAGGCUGAUAGACCAGGGGGUGGGCCUGGCCCCACACAGCUCAGUGGAGAGGGCUAUGGCCCACCUGCAGGAGCUGCUUACCAUGUCGGAGCACUGGGAGGAGCGGGCACUCCGCCUCAUGGAGGCUAGGCCACGUCACUGUGUGGAAACUCUUGUGGAAGCUCUGCAGGAGGUGGCUAGUAUCCCUGCCUAUCUUCCCAACUGUCUGCUGCUGAAGGACAUGGUGGACCAGGCUAAAGACUGGCUUCAGGAGGCAGAGACCCUACAGCUGGGAGGCCGUAUCCCUGUGCUGGAUACCCUGACUGACCUGGUGUCCCGGGCCAAGGCCAUCCCAGUCUGGCUGGACCCCCUUGCUCGACUUGAUUCCCUGGUGUUUGAUGUGCAGGCCUGGAAGGAGAGCGCUGCCAAGACCUUUCUAAUGAAGAACUCUACUUACUCCCUGCUGGAGGUGCUGUGCCCCCGGUGUGAGGCUGGGACGGGGCCUCAGCAGUCAAAGUAUAAAAGGGCAAAGGAUGCGGCCCAGUGCAGCGAGAGAAACAGCGUCAGGCUGGACUGCCUGAGUGAUGUGGAGAGGGCCCUCUCAGAGAGCAAGGACUCUGCCUCUGCUAUGGCCACUCUGGCUGAGGUACGUCAGAAAGAGAUGGAGAGUCUGCUGGCCCUUAGGGCCUCCAACGAGUCCAAGCUCCUCCUGGCCGGUGACUGUGGGGCAUUGAGGGUGUGUGUGUGCCACAAGGCUCCGUCAGGUGCCAUGCUGCAGUGCGAGCUCUGCCGUGACGCCUUCCACCGCAGCUGCGUCUUAGGCUCUAACCAGGACCCCUUGCCCAACCAGGCCUGGGUGUGUCCCCAGUGCCAACUCUCGGAGAAACCCCCUCUUGACCGGGUGCUGCCCCUGCUGGCCUCCCUGCAGCGUAUCCGGGUGCGGCUGCCUGAGGGUGACGCCCUACGCUUCCUCAUCGAGAGGACGGUCCGCUGGCAGCACCGGGUGCAGCAGGCCUCCGCCGAGGGGGUGGCUGUGACGAUGUCACAUCAGCGCUGGGCCUCGUCUAGUCCAACCUGGGCUCCGUCUCCAACUCAGGAAACAAACAGCAUGUCGUUCUACACGGAGCACCAGUGCAUUCCUCUGCAGGGACUGAGCCCUGAGCUGGAGGAGCUGAUGGUAGAAGGCUUCCUGCUGCAGGUGACUCUGCCUGAGACCCAGCAGCUGUACAGAUCCCUCAUUAAACUGGACCCCCGCCAUCACCACCACACAGACAGCCCCUUUCCACAGCACAGCGCAGAGCAGGAUCAACACCAGCAGAACUCUCAGGGAGGGAGCCCCCCUCACAACCAGAAUGGAGUAGCCUGUCCCAAGAAGGAGGCUGUGAAUGGAAAGAGGACCAAGCGGCACAUGGAGGAGGGCUCCGAGCGCAAGGACAAAGCCAAGAAGCCGCGCAAGAAGAAGCCCAAGUUGAACAAGGAGAGGAGUCAGGAGGCCAAGGGGACCUCUUCACUCACCGCCACCCACUCUGACCUCUCCCUGUCGGACUCGGAUGAAGACUUCACCCUGUGCGCUGCACCGUGGUGCCGAGAGCCAGAGGGGAAACAGGUGAAUUGGGUCCAGUGUGACGGAAGCUGCCAGCAGUGGUUCCAUCAGGUCUGCGUGGGAGUAUCUGCAGAGCAGGCUGAAAAAGAGGACUACAUCUGUAUCAGCUGCACACAGCCAGACCAUAUCAGGGAGUGAGGACCAAAAGGAAUGGUUUUGAAGUAUCAUGAGUUUUUAGUAUAAGUCACAGCUCUGGGUGCAUAACCACCCAGUGAACCUCCUUUCUUCGCUGUGCUCUGGUCCCACUGCCUCCUCAUUGAUCUUCCUGAUCCCAGCCCAGUCUGCUUUUCAGAGUUAUUGAGGCUCUUCCAUCACCGUUUUGUUAUAGUGGCUGGCUUUACAGCCAAUCAAUUUCAUCCUUCCAAUCAAUGACAUGAUGCAGAUUGUACUGCAUGAGGUUCCAACUGUCUUCGAAGGAGAAUAAAGUGGAGGAAACAAGACUUUUUCAAUUGACUGACUUGCAUGUGUAACAAGACAACAGGGAUUUUUCAACCAAAAUAAGUCAAUUGGAUAACAUUUUUGGAACCCAGUUUUUGUACAUGCAUCUGAAAUGUGAACCAUUUUCUUCUCAUGUAGAGCUAAUAUUAUUUAUCUGAGCAAAUACUGAACUGCUAAUUAAUAGGAGUUCAGUUUUCUUCUGAGCUAUGUUUGUGCUUAGAAAUGGUUCUAUACUAGAACCUAUAGAAUGCCCUCCUAGGCUGUAGGUUGAAAGUGGUGUUUUUAACUUGCAACCUAGCUAACAUAAGGAACUGUGCGAAUUAACUGCCACUGGUAUCGUUUGACUUUUUUCCUCCUUUGGGUAAAUAUGAAUCAUAUGUUGCAGUUUGCAUAAGGAAUAAAAUGUUUUCUCACAA